UAUUUUCGUUAAAAAAAUGAUUAAUACAGGGAAGCUUGCUGGUUGUACAAUUUUUAUUACUGGUGCAUCAAGAGGGAUUGGAAAAAGUAUAGCUCUAAAAGCUGCAAAAGAUGGUGCAAAUAUUGUAAAACUUCCUGGUACUAUUUAUACAGCAGCCGAUGAAGUUGAAAAAGCUGGUGGCAAGGCUCUUCCGUGUAUUGUUGAUGUAAGAGAUGAAAAUCAGGUACUUAAUGCAGUUAAAAGUUCUAUUGACAAAUUUGGAGGAAUCGAUAUUUUAAUAAAUAAUGCUAGUGCAAUUUCAUUAACGGGAACUUUAAAUACUGAAAUGAAAAGAUAUGACUUAAUGAAUAGCAUCAAUGCCAGAGGAACUUUUCUUGUAUCCAAAAUUUGUUUACCAUAUCUCUUAAAAAGUAAGAACCCACAUAUAAUUAAUCUAAGUCCACCUCUUAAUAUGCAACCAUUUUGGUUUAAAAAUCAUGUUGCAUAUACAAUGUCAAAAUAUGGUAUGUCAAUGUGUGUACUUGGCAUGGCAGAAGAAUUCAAAGAAAAAGGCAUUGCUGUUAAUGCUAUAUGGCCUAAAACUGCUAUUCAUACAGCAGCUAUAGAAAUGUUAGUAGGUGCAGAGUCUAGCAAAACUAGUCGAAAACCUGAAAUUGUAGCAGAUGCUGCUUAUGCUCUAAUGUGUAAAAAUAGUAAGUCAAUUACUGGUAAUUUUUUUAUUGACGAAGAUAUAUUAAAGAAUGAGGGUAUUACUGAUUUUACGCAGUAUGCAUGUGAUCCAGCUAAUAAGGAAAACUUAAUGUUAGACUUUUUUCUUGAUUUAAAUAGCACAGAUAUGAGAAUAGUUAGUAGUGUACAACCCAAGCCAGCACAAGCAGAUACAGGAAAAAUUGCUCAAAUAUUUUCAGCAAUUGACAAAAAUAUAAGUUCUGAACUUGUUAACAAAACAAGUGCCAUAUUUCAAUUUACUUUAAAAGGAGAUGAAGCUGGUACUUGGUAUUUGGACCUCAAAAAUGGCAAAGGCUCUACUGGUAAAGGAGAAUCACCGAAUCAACCCGUAGAUGCAACACUAACUAUGGAUUCCGCUAAUUUUUUUGCUAUGUUCUCAGGUAAAUUAAAACCAACAACUGCUUUUAUGAUGGGAAAAUUAAAAAUUAAUGGAAAUAUUCAAAAAGCUAUGAAAUUAGAAAAACUUAUGACUAGUUUAAAGUCAAAACUCUAAAAUCAAAGUUAAUGAAAUUGUAUUUGUAUAAAUCAAUAUCAAAAUGAAGUUAGGUAAUUAUUAUGCAUAUUUUAUAAUUGUAAAAAAUUUGUGCAAAACUGAAAGGGAAAGGUAUUAGUAACAAGAGGCAUUAAUUAUUUUAAAGAAUUUAUUUUUUAUGUAAAGUGUUU